AUGAAUCCAUCGCCCGAAUAUCCCGUCAGCGACUCGCCCGACCCCUCGUCCAUCACCGAAGAGGCCUCGACCAGCGCUUCCCCGAACGGCAAGCAGCUUAGCCGCGCUGCCCUGCGGAUGGUCAUGAUCAACAUCAUCGCACCGAUUGUCAUCUAUGCCGUCGCUGUCCUGUACCUCUCCGUUAUCGUUUCGCUCAUUCUCUCGGGCCUGCCUCCGCUGCUCGAGUCGCUCUACCACGUCAUCCGGGAGCGCCAGAUUGAUCUGAUCGCCGUCAACAUGGUCCUCUCCAUUGUCAUCUCGGUCGUCGUUGUCGUCGUAACCUCGGACCCACGCCUGCUUCUCGUCAAGGACUCGAUCAACACCGUCCUGCUGGGCAUCCUCUUUGGCGCCUCCGUCUUGUUCAAGCAGAACCUGAUCUGGCGCUACAACGUCCAGUGGAACAGCCACAACCCCAAGGAGCUCGAGCGGCUCAAUACAAUCUGGGAGACCAAGCCUGCUGUCCGCAGGGUCACCAACAUCAUGUCGCUGGUGUACGGCGUCAGCUUCUGCAUCGAAGCCGGCAUCCGCGUCGUCUUGAUCUAUACGAUCCCGCUGAACAUCAUGGUCUAUGUCUCCCCACUGUUGUUGCUCCUGUGCUUUGCCCUGGUCGGCCUUUGGUCGUACUUUUUCGUUCGCUGGGCUCGCGCAAAGAACCAGUCGCAGUCGGCCGAGGCUCAGCCCCUGGAUCCCGGAUUGAAGUGAGCUGCUCGCAUCACUUCACAGCCAGGACGAGGUUUCGCGGCUGGAUCCAAAAGGGUUUCCCUCCUCCGGUCCGAUGUCUCAUCCGAUCCCCGGAUUUUGGUUCUUGCUCCCCCGGUUCUUGCGACACCCCUCCGCCUCCAGAGCUCCAAUGCACUGUUCAUCACGCCGCAGUCCCAUCAUACCUUCUCCCUCCCACUACAGCUUUCGCGCUUGCUUCAUUAGUGGCCUACCCAUGCUCUUACCGCUGAGUUAGAGAGAUGAGACACUACUCGCCUACACGAAUAUCCGCUCACAUCUUGUCCUUGUCGAUUUUGGAAUCGGGGCUGGACUUUGGUGGCUUGCAAUAUAGUUUCUGAACUGAA